UCAGAACACAGUGAACGUACAAAUGCAAGCAACAUUGGUCGCAGUAUUGAUUUUCGCCAUCGCUUCGAACUACCUGGAUGUGGUGCACUGUGACGGAGAUACCACGUCUGCAGCCACAGCCGGAUCAACCAAUAAACAACCAGCUGCAACAGUCACACGAAAAUCUGCGGCAGCACGCGGAAAACCAGAUACGGCUACCACCGUCAAGCAAACCGCACAAACCAAACCAUCGGGAAAAAAGCCGAAUCCAAUAAACCCAUCCAGAUCACCAGCACGUGGACGCAGUCCUAAUGCUCCAACACCUGCCAAAAAAUCCCAACCUCCACAACAAGACAAGAGAAAAUCAGUGAAGGCAUGAGGUGUUCAAGGACAAUCUCU